GAUGAAAACGACUUACCCUGAACGUGGAGACGGAGAUAAGUGAGAGAGGAGCACAGCACCGACACACACACCAGGAGCUCCCGUGCGUCUUGUCACCGCUGCUGCCAUGGACGACGACGACGACUACUUCACCCCCACGGCCACCGCCAGCCGUCGCCUGGCCAUGCUGUUUGGCCCCGAAGAAAUGAGCAGUGAUGGCAGCGGCAGCAGCCACAGAAGCCCCAACACUCAGUUCAAGUUUGUGGCCCCCAGACAGCAGCGGGUCCACAACAACUCUGCCUCCUCCUCGCCCUCGUCCGGGCCAUCCCAGCCUGCCUCAGCAGAUGGACAGGAGGUGCUGCUCAAGGUGCCCCUCAUCCUGCUGUCUCAGGGGACAGAGAAGAAUGGUAUGCCCAGGACACAGGUAAUCUGCCAAGUGGUGGGCAGCACAGCACAGCGAAGCUUCAGUCUGGUGGUGGCAAGAGUGGGGCAGACGAAAGGGGAGGUGUGGCGGGCUGUUGUUGAUUCUCACUUAACUUUGGAGGUGGUGGAGCAUUCGACUGUCAAGAUGACAUCACCCACCAGUGAGAUGCUUACACUGCUUGGGGAGGCCCAGCAGAUUGAGGCCAUGGUGACACAGGUAGCCAUCUGCCAGGGUGUGGCCAGCAGCAGGGUGACACAGCAGGACCUUCAUACAGGCAAGGGCCAUGUGUUGACUGAGGGGGACGUGGCCAAGGUCUCAUGCACCACCUAUGCCAUCACUGCCGGCACUUGCCGAGGAGAAAAGGGGCAUGAAGUAAAGGGAGUGAAGAUCACAGUGAGUGACCCUACAAUAGGAAGCUGGGAGAGCUGCUUGACAGGGGCAACCGCUGACUCACACAGACUCAUCUUUAUCCCCAAGCACGAGAAAGGAAGCUGGCAGCCGCCCACCCAAUACUAUGAUGUGAAAGUUGCUAAAGUGAAGACCAAAGGUGGCAGGGAGAAGGCUGUGGCAGCAGUAAGGAGCAGCAGCCAGCCUGAGCAGGAGCAGCAGCAGCAGGGUCUCACUUCUAAUGAUGCAUCUCCUGCCAGGCAACCACUGAUCAUCACUGACGUAAGAGUUGAGUCAGGUGACAGCCCCGGCCACAGUGCAGGAGAGGAAGAGGACAAGACCUCCAGGAAGGCAGCACUGGUGACACGUAUGGCUCAAGUUGGCACGCAGAUCUUCCCUCUGCUGCCCGGUGCCAGGCCAGUGCCACAGGCACAGGUGAAGCCACCGGUUGCUGAGAGGUCGAGAACAGAAUCACCUGAGGUGGUUAUGGUUUCUACAUCUUCCCCUGCCACCAAUGCUCCCACACUUGCCUCUGCCAACCUCACCCCUGCCACCACUACCACAGCCUCUACCUCCACCUCCUUUUCGACUCCUGCCACUGUCAGUUCCAGCGGCUCCGUCCCUGCUCACACCACCACCCCUGGCACUAUCCCUGGCCCAGCCCCAGCCACUCAUCUUCAGGCAUCAUCUGAGUCACAUGGCAUCCCUUUGGCACACAGCGUCACUCAGCUCAGCACUACAGUUGCCAAGAUUGCUGACAGGGUUGAGAUGCUUCUUGCUAAGGUGGAGAGAGUGGAGGUAAAGAGUAAGGCAGAAGCAGAGGGUGGCUGUGUCCCCGAAACCCUGAUGGCGUUGGCAAGUGGGCUGGUGGAACACAAUAAGACGCUCAAGACACAGCUGGAGGAGGCAGAGAGGAGGCUGGGCGAGAGUCAGGCGGCACAGACCUCACUGCUCACCAUGAAUGCUCAACUUUUGGAGGAGAAGAGAGAGAUGCUGAGAAAGGAAGAUGAACUCAGAAAGAAAGUGGACGAAAAGGAGGAAGAGUUGAAGGAAGAAAGGAAUCAACAGAGUGAAACUGAACCUGGUCUGAUGCCAAAGGAGGUUCAGUCCCUUGUCAAGGCAACUCUGAAUGGUCUGUUCCGCACCAUGGCCAGCGACUUCAGUGAAGAGACUUACUACAGCCAGUCACAGGUUUUCCAAACACUGCGAUCUGGAUUUGAGACAGCUUAUUCCUCCUUUGUUGAAGACCUUGAAAAGAUGACAGAAGGUGAAACAGAACAAGAACAAAAAGAAAAAGAGCAAGAAGAAGAAAAGGGGCAAGAAGAGGAACAAGAACAUCAACAGCAAGGAAGAGAAAAUGAAAAGAGAGAACAUGAAGUAGGAAGAGGAGAAAGAGAAGAGAUGAGAUGAGAGAAGAAAUGAAUGGAGAUAGAAGUUCAGGGGAAGAUAGAACCUUCAGUCUCCUGCUGCAGUGAAAUGUACCAGUUCCUGAGAUAUAGGGUACUGAUUUUUUGUUAUUUUCCUAUUUAAUUUUUUGAGUUUUAAUAUUCAUUCCAUUAUAACACUUUACUUUGUAAUAUUUAAAGUUGUUAGAGGAGUAGAGGGAAAAGUUUAGUGAUCUCAAACAAGUCCAUAACUACCUUGAAGCAGACAAGGCAGCUGCCUCGUCUCGCACCUCCUCUCCCCCUCGCCUCAUUUAACAUGCUGCUCAAUCCACCCCAUUUCUGGGGGACUUUGUCUUUGCACCCCAAACCUCCCUAACAGGACUGUGUUUGCCUUGUCUGUUUUCAGGUCCUGGUUAUGGCCCUUUCCAAGGACUGGGAAGAAGCAUCCACAUGUGUAUUGUUUGCCUAUUAUUUGGUUUCAUGUAAUUAUGUUGAUUGUCCUAUAGAUCUAUCAGCUGCAGUCUCUACACAUUCUUAUAGUUACAAAAAUGAUAUCACUGAAGAAUCUUAUGUGAAAAACUGCCAAAUGUACAUAUCUUGAAAAAUAUAUUGACUCAUAUUAAUAA